AUGUCCGGCCGAGGAGGACGAGGCGGCCGCGGCGGUCGCGGUGGCGGGGGCGGCUUCGGCGGAGGACGGGGUGGUCGUCGCGCCGUAGCCGCCAACAGCGUUCCCUGGCAAAUGGACCCAACCAUCGCACUCGACGGCAAACCCUCGGAGCUCUUUCCCCCUUACAACGUUCCCAAAGCGCCCCUCCUGACAAAAAAAGACGACCGACAAGUCUCUUUUUUCUUAUCCUUCCGCGAACAAAACCACGACUCGCCGCUGUACACGCAAUCCCGAACCUGGGCGACGACGGAGCUCACGACCACUUCCUCCAGUCUCUUCGGGAGCUCGGCAAAAGCGACCAUCGAUAUUUUUGAGGAUGGCGUGCCGAGUUACUCCCACAAGUUCCAGCAGAAGGAAAGGACGCUGCCGGAGCUGGCGUCACGGCCUUUUGCUAAAGAGUUUUUUCCAAAGGAGCUGCAUGCGACGCUUGAUGGUGUUGAUGGUCCGGGGGCGUCGAAACGGCGCAAGCUUGCUGGACCGCAAGAAGGCGAGCCGAAUUACCAGCGAGCACUGCAGUUGUUGGCGAUGGUGGAGAAGAAGGGCGAAGACGGCGAGGACGCGGCGGGCAUUCUUACGGAUGACGAUGAGGAUGAUUGGGUCAAGAAUAACGAGGAUGAGGACGGCAAUCCGGUUGCGGAGGAGGAUGACGACUUUGAGGAGGACAGUGGCGACGAUUAUAAUGCUGAGCAGUACUUUGAUGGGAAUCAGGAUGAUGACGAUUAUGGUGAUGAGGGUGGGGAUGAGGGCGGUGGUGGGGAUUACUACUAG